AUGGGGAUCCCGAAGGAGCAAUUGGAAAAAACCUCCAGGCCGUUGUACAGUUUCACUGGGGAUUCCGUCAUCCCUCAGGGGGCAAUCCGGCUGCCUAUAACCGCCGGGAAGAAACCUCGACAGGCCACCAUAAUGGCCAAUUUUGUGGUAAUAAAGGGAGGCUCCCAAUACAAUGCCGUCAUUGGAAGGCCGACCCUUCAGGCGUUAAGGGCAACAACCUCCAUCUACCACCAAAAGGUCAAAUUCCCUACCCCAAACGGUGAAAGGGACAUAAAAAGCAACCAGUAUGAGGCUAGGGUUGCAUAUUCUGAUGCUUUGUGCGAAUAUGACCAGCCUGGGAGGCAGGAGUCCAGAGUGGUCUAUCAAGGCGCCAUUAAGGACAUAGACCCCAGGGUCCAAGAGGAGGCCGCAUGGGUGGAAGUCGAGAGCUUUCUUAAAAAGAACCUGGAUGUCUUCGCCUGGAAUCAUGCUGAUAUGGAAGGGAUCGACCCAGAAGUCAUAUACCAUUUUUUAAAUAUAGACCCCUCAUAUCCCCCCAAAUGCCAGAAGCGUCGACUAAUGAACCCGGAGAGGUACGCGGCAUUGAAAGAAGAGCCUAACGGGACAUGGAGAACAUGCGUCGACUUCAGUGACCUCAACAAAGCCUGCCCAAAGGAUGGUUUCCCACUUCCUCGAAUAGACCAAAUGGUCGACGCCACGGCAGGGCAUGAGAUGUUGAGUUUAAUGGAUGCCUAUUCUGGAUACAACCAGAUCCCUAUGCAUCUGACCGACGAAGAGCACACAUCCUUCAUAACCGAUAAAGGCCUCUAUGUUGGGAAUAAUGUCCUAGAAGCAUGA